UGGCUGGCUGAGCCAGCGUCCAGUCCCCGCCACCGCGGGAUGCUGACCGCCGCGUCCAAAAUCCUCAACAAAUCUGCUCUCGCCACCACCACCCGUGCUAUGCCAUUGUUCCUCUCCACCUUCCCAUCACCGACCGCCGCCGCCCCCACUGUUCCUCCGCUCCGACCUCCUCCCUCCCAAAACCCAGGCCCCCACCUCCGCCUCCCUCCCCCGCCCCGCCGCGCCCUCUCCUUCAUCGCCGCCGCUGAGCCGGCGGGCGCUCCCUUCCGCACGCCGGGGCGGACCAUGGAGUCGUUGGCGACGUCGGCGGCGGCUGCGGCCUCCGCGAAGGUGACGUACCUCUCGCAGCGCGAUGCCGCGGAGAUCGACAAGCAGCUCAUGGGGCCUCUCGGCUUCAGCGUCGACCAGCUCAUGGAGCUCGCUGGGCUGAGCGUCGCGGCGGCCGUUGUGGAGGUUUAUAAGUUGAGUGAACACACAAGGGUUCUUAUCAUCUGUGGUCCAGGAAACAAUGGUGGGGAUGGUCUGGUAGCUGCUCGUCAUCUUUAUCAUUUCGGAUAUAAGCCCUCUGUUUGUUAUCCAAAACGUACAGCCAAACCUCUGUAUUCUGGCCUUGUUACUCAACUUGAAGCACUGGCUAUCCCGUUCCUACCUGUUGAAGACCUACCUCAGGACUUAUCUGGGCAGUUUGACAUUGUUAUUGAUGCAAUGUUUGGUUUCUCAUUUCAUGGAACACCCCGACCACCAUUUGAUGAUCUUAUCCAAAGGCUUCUUUUAUUGAGUGUUAUUGGGGAUUCAGUGAAAAGACUACCAAUUGUCUCUGUUGAUAUCCCUUCUGGGUGGCAUGUAGAAGAGGGAGAUAUCAAUGGAGGAGGGAUUAAGCCUGAUAUGCUGGUAUCAUUGACUGCACCAAAGCUCUGUGCAAAAAAGUUUAAUGGCCCGCACCAUUUUCUGGGGGGUAGGUUUGUUCCGCCACCUAUUUUGAGAAAAUAUGGCCUUGAACUUCCUCCAUAUCCUGGCACCUCGAUGUGUGUCAGAGUUGGAAAAGCACCAUCAGUAGACAUUUCAUCUCUGAGGGAAAAUUACAUUUCGCCAGAACUUACUGAGAAUCAAGUGAUGCCUUGUCCAUUUAACCAGUUCCAUAGAUGGUUUAACGAAGCAGUUACUGCUGGCCUACGCGAGCCAAAUGCCAUGGCUUUAACUACUGUCAAUAAGGCGGGAAAACCUUCUUCAAGAAUGGUUCUUUUAAAAGGUGUUGAUAAGCAUGGAUUUGUUUGGUACACAAAUUAUGGUAGUCAGAAGGCACAUGAUUUAUCCGAAAAUUCAAAUGCAGCACUUCUUUUCUACUGGAAUGAGAUGAACCGGCAGGUAAGAGUUGAAGGGUCUGUUCAGAAAGUUUCACUAGAAGAAUCUGAGAAGUAUUUCCACAGCCGCCCACGUGGAAGUCAGCUUGGUGCCAUAGUCAGCAAGCAGAGCACUGUUAUUGCUGGAAGGGACAUUCUUCAACAGGCAUACAAGGAAUUGGAGCAAAAAUAUUCCGAUGGUAGCUUCAUCCCAAAACCUGAUUACUGGGGUGGCUAUAGAUUGACACCAAAUCUUUUUGAGUUCUGGCAAGGACAGCAGUCUCGUCUGCAUGACCGGCUACAGUAUAAACAGCGAGAAGUAGAUGGGGGUACAGUAUGGCACAUCGAGAGGUUGUCCCCUUGAUCAGUAACCCCUUUAAUGCUCAUUGGUAAUAAUGGGAGCAUCUUAUCAACUGCACUCAAAUCUUCUUCAGCUGCAAGGCCCGUGACGUCAUCGUGAUUAGGGCCCGUGUUUGAGUUUCUGAAGCUCUGUCUUGUUGCCCUUGUAUCCUCUUCUCGCAUAUGGGUAUUCAUUGGACCGCAAGAGUGGAUAGUCAGAUUCUGUAGUUCUGUUGGACAUGGGGUGUGAAUUGUGAUAUUUUCAUUGAUAAUUGACAGAGAUUCUUAAUGGGAUAAUGAUGGUUCCUUUGCGGAGAGCCAUGACGGAAAUAUAAAUAAAGAUGGGUGACGUUACAUGAUA